AUGAAGUUCAACGUUGUCGCCUCGCUGGGUCUUCUGGGCUGCGCCCUUUCCCUGCCCGCUCCCAUCCGCAACUAUAUCCGCCACCAGGGCCUUGAGGCGCCGUUCCCUCUGCCUCCUGGCGUCCUCCAGCCUCCCGGUGACUUCGCCACGGGCCUUCCCAUCCCUACCGGCACCUCCGUCCCCACGGGCCUCCCGACCAACACGCCCGUGCCCACCGGCGCCACCUUCCAGAAGCGCGAGGCUCUGAACAUUCCUGGUCUCACUGACCUGCCCUUCCCUUUCCCCACCGACCUCCCGACUGGUCUGCCCACUGGCCUGCCUACCGGCCUGCCCACUGGCCUGCCCACUGGUCUCCCGACUGACCUCCCGAUCCCUACUGGCCUGUUCCCCACCGGCCUUCCCACCGGCCUCCCGAGCAUCCCCUUCCCGACCGACCUGCCCAUCCCGACUGGCCUCCCGACUGGCCUCCCCACGGGCUUCCCUCCUCUGCCCACUGGCCUCCCCACGGGCUUCCCUCCUUUGCCCACUGGCCUGCCUUUUGGCGCUUAA